AUGCUACGGAGUCUUACACUUGCCACUUCUUUUUCUUCUUCUUCUUCUUCUCUCAUUUCUAAACCUUUCUUUUCGAUCUCUCCAAAACUUCCCUUCUCUUUCUCUCGACUUUCUUUCCCUUUCCCUCAAGCCAAACGAUCCAUUUUCGUCUACAAAUCCCGCAUGAACAUCCUGAAAAACCUCGGCUUCGGAGCCAACAACAAGCCAACGCCGUCAAUGGAAAACUCCGCCAUCGCUCAGGGUCCGGACGACGACGUCCCGGCUCCUGGUCAGCAGUUUGCUCAGUUCGGUGCGGGGUGGUUUUGGGGCGUUGAACUGGCGUUACAGAGAGUUCCAGGGGUGACCAAAACGGAGGUUGGUGAUGCUACAACGUACGUGGUUGGGGACACAUCCGGCUGGGACAUAAGUACUGACAUUGAUUCAUGGGUUAGUGACAAGAGAUUCAAUGUUGGAACCCUAAUAUCCUUUCUUCUGUUGAGUUUAGUGACAAAUUUCAUUUGUUUUCUGUUUCUUGUAGUGUUCCAACACUCAUCAUAUCACAGUGUAAGCGAGGUAACCAAAAAAAGUUUCAAAACUUGCAACACAACGGAUACUCUGAGAACAUUUUCCAAUGGGAACACAACUGUUACAUUGUCAAAUGUUGGUGCCAGAUAUUUCGUUUAUGGUAACAGGUUGCAUUGUCUUGGAGGCAUGAAGCUUCAAGUAAACGUCGAAGGUGAUCAAACAUCUUCGACUGUUGGUGCCCCUGAAGCACAGCCUGGAACUACACUUCCGCAGCCUGCGUCGAAGAACAACAAUCCUUCAAUUGUUAUUCCCACUUCAAGUGGGUAUAUCAUUGGUGGAAUUCAAUGUCUUAUAAUAGCCUUGCUAUGUUUGACGGCUACAAUGUUGUUUCUGUUCCAGACUUGAGAAAAAUAUUCGUAGCCAAGCACUAUUACUCCAUAUAAUAUCAAAGUUGUUUUGCAUUGUUGGAAACCAAUGAAGAGUUCUUUCUUUUUCUUUUACUUUUAGGCAAAUACGUUUUAUGUGGAUUUUCAAUAUCGUGAUUUUAUAUGAAAAACAGAUUCUACUUACACUGAUGAAUAAAUUUUCUCCCUUCAUUGCCAAGUCAAAUGGUUUUUGCACUGUGAUCAAUGAGGAUCCUACUCAACCACUGUAGCAAUUUUUCACUACGAGUUGAUCAAAGAAAAGUUCAUGAAAUGUCAAAACAAAAAUCUUGG